CUCGUCGAACAAACGUGAGCAUUUUCCGAGUAGUAGAGCAUCAUUACGCUUCUUGGGAGACUGUGGAGCCGUAGAAGGCAGAGUGCUUCUUACGGCACAGAUCACGACUAUCGGGCGGAGGCGAUUCAGUUACAGCCCUUGCAGCAGCAGAACUCAUUGCCUGACUAUUCUCGGUCUGAAAUAAUGAAGUUUAGCAACUCUCUUAAGUUUAAUGCUGUGGCGGAUUGGUGGGACGAAUACAUCGCAUAUUCAGCUCUGAAGAAGAGUAUAUAUCAGCUUGAGAAGAGACAACAUGAACUUCGAAGCCAACACCCUGACGACAUCGAGUCCAAUGAGCGUUCAGCUCUAAUGGGCCAUGACGGGUCUUCACCAACUGAUAGCUUCUUCGUCCCACUUCUGGAUAAAGAACUGCAGAAAAUAACCAAGUUCUAUGAGGCGCAGGAGCGCACGCUCUUAGCAGACCUCGAAGGUCUAGAAGAGCUGGUUAAAAUGAAGGAUGAGGAGAACGUUUCUGACGACCGAUACGUGGAUGAAGAGGACGACGAUGACGAUGAUGACGAUGACGAUCGGAACAGGAAGUCUCUGAGCCGAGAGAGGGGAAAUAAGCGCCCCAUAUCGCCCCGCAGACGUACAAAGUCUGACGGAAGGAUGCAUCCGCCGCCUGCUGGCCUAAUUGCGUCAAUGUCUCAGGACUCAGCAAGAUCAAAAACUUUACGCCGACUUAGCGUAUCCUCGAGUGAAGACAAUUAUGAUCUGGAGGCCAGCCUUGCAUCUCUUACUCAAAUUCCGGAGGGCAAUGCGAUAGGGUCUAGUACAGGCGACCUCCGUGGGUCGUCAACUUCCCCAGCACGUGCACGAACUGCUUUGGCUAACAUUUUUAACGUCGUGAAACCCACGGGAAGCGUACGUUCUUCGCUUAUUGGGAAGGACACGAUUUGGACGUCGAAAUCGAGCUAUGCCUUCGAUACCCGGGCCCUCUUCAAGAGGCGAAUAACUAUUCUAUAUAACUCACUUACGUCUUUGAGGGCGUACGUGGAAUUGAAUUAUUCUGGUUUCCGAAAAAUUCUUAAAAAGUACGACAAGAUUACAUACAGUGAACUCAAAGAUCAUUACAUGCAUGAUGUAGUUGAGGAUGCAUACCCUUUCCGACAGGUUACGAAAGAUAGAUUGAAUAAUGCCAUUAACCGUCUAGUCCUUCUGUACGCGAAGUGCAUUACUCGCGACGAUGUAUUGGCAGCAGCACGCCAACUUAAAGUAUUCCAGCGCGAACACAUUGCAUGGGAAAGAGACACUGUGUGGCGCACGAUGAUCAGCCAAGAACGGCGUGGUGCGCACGACGGACAAGUGAAGGCACUCGGCGGACAUGUUGAACAGGAGGAAAGUGCGGCACUGACCCUUCCCACUCCAGUUGGACGGCUCAGGUUUACGGCCAAAGCCGCCUUUUUCGUCGCAGCUGUUAUUGUCUUCAUAGUGCUGUUGAAUAGCCGAAUUUAUCCCAGCACGGAAGCAAAUAACUGCUUCGCGAUACUCGUAUUCAGCACUGUACUGUGGGCGACUGAGGCAAUUCCAUUGUUUGUAACGUCCAUACUUGUACCGCUGCUCCUCGUCAUUUUCCGCGUCUUUAUCUCGACCGACGGUCAGGGAACCCGUUUGACGACUCCGGAAGCAACGAAAUUUGUUUUUUCGCAGAUGUUCUCGCCAACAAUCAUGCUUCUAAUAGGGGGUUUCACUAUCGCCUCGGCAUUAAGCAAGACAAAUAUCGACCGCGUCAUAAUUACACGUUUAUUGAGUCUGGCUGGGACAAAGCCGAGUAUUGUUCUUCUGGCAUUUAUGGGUGUAUCGUGUUUCGCAAGCAUGUGGAUAAGCAAUGUGGCCGCCCCAACGUUAUGUUUCACCUUGAUUAAACCGAUUCUUAGGAAUUUGCCUCCGAAAGCCAGCUUCGCACCCUGUUUGAUAAUGGGGAUUGCUCUAGCGGCUAAUAUUGGAGGACAAAGUUCGCCGAUUUCUUCGCCACAGAAUUUAAUUGCUCUGGAUGAAAUGGAUGAACCUCUUGACUGGAGCCAGUGGUUUGCUGUCGCCUUGCCGGUAUCAGGCAUUUCAAUCUUACUCAUCUGGCUGUUGCUUCUGACGAGCUAUUCGCCCUCUCGUACUGUGGACGGGGAAGAUCUCGUAAUUAAAGAGAUACGACCUACAAGGGAGAAGUUCACUCUGAAACAGUACUGGGUGACAUUCGUGUGUAUCUUCACAAUAGUACUAUGGUGCAUCGAGAAGAAGAUAGAAAGUUUCAUUGGUGACAUGGGUAUCAUCGCCAUAAUACCUAUCGUCACAUUCUUCUCUACUGGCGUGCUGCGGAAGGAUGACUUUGAACAAUUCCUAUGGACCGUCGUAUUUUUGGCCAUGGGAGGCAUUGCUCUCGGUAAAGGUGUGACAAGCUCCGGUCUGCUAAGCAUCCUGGGCGAUGGGAUCCGAGACACCAUGGGCGGACGUCCCUUGCCAGAGGUGGUUUUGGCGCUAACAUUUGUUGUCCUGGUCAUUUCUACCUUUAUCAGCCACACUAUUGCCAGCGUCCUCUUAGUACCGAUCGCUAAAGAAGUGGGGAACAACUUACCCGGUAAUCACCAACGCCUGCUCAUAUUCCUUACGGGACUUGUUUGCUCCACCGGCAUGGGUAUGCCUGUGUCUGGAUUCCCGAACCAAACGGCAGCAACACAGGAGGACGACCUGGGUCAAUUGUACUUAUCAAACGUUGACUUUUUGAAGAACGGCGUUCCUGCGAGCAUAAUUUCGGCUUUGGUGGUUGCUACGGUUGGCUACGGCUUGAUGCUCGCUUUGCACCUGUAACGACCGACGUCGAGGCGAGCAACCGUCGUAAUAGAGAAGCCUCGACCUUCGUUAACGACUAAGUAACUAACUCCUGUAUCACCUCCUCCCUUCGGCAAAGGGGGCUCGAACAUUGGCGGGAGCUUCUCGAUGCACGUUUUCGACAACCAUGUAGACGCGGAAAUUCCGCAUUUAUCUAUUUUUGGAUGCUGCGUUUGAGCUUGGCAGAUAUAUUUACGUUCCACGUUGCUUGAUGCUGUUUUUCUGCUUCACGACCGUGACUUUUAACGCUUAGACGUUUCAAAUACUCGUGCUCGACAACGUGCUUUUUAUUUACAUGCUCUCGUAGGCGGGAUAGCAUUCACGUACUAAUUAUCAAAACAAGAAAAGGCCUAUUUCAAAUAUAUAGAUAGUACAAGGUCAUACAGGGCUUGUACUAUACGUACAAAUUGC